AUGGGUCACGAAGACGCCGUCUACCUCGCCAAGCUCGCUGAGCAGGCCGAGCGCUAUGAAGAGAUGGUCGAGAACAUGAAGGUCGUUGCCUCGGCCGACGUUGAGCUCACCGUUGAGGAGCGCAACCUCUUGUCUGUUGCCUACAAGAACGUCAUUGGUGCCCGCCGUGCGUCCUGGAGAAUCGUCACCUCGAUCGAGCAGAAGGAGGAGUCCAAGGGCAAUGAGGGUCAGGUCACUCUCAUCAAGGAGUACCGCCAGAAGAUUGAGGCCGAGCUUGCUAAGAUCUGUGACGACAUCCUCGAGGUCCUCGACAAUCACCUUAUCAAGUCCGCUCAGAGCGGCGAGUCCAAGGUCUUCUACCACAAGAUGAAGGGUGACUACCACCGUUACCUCGCCGAGUUCGCCAUUGGCGACCGCCGCAAGGGUGCCGCCGAUGCCUCUCUCGAGGCCUACAAGGCCGCCACUGAGGUCGCGUCCACCGAGCUCGCCCCCACCCACCCCAUCCGUCUCGGUCUCGCCUUGAACUUCUCCGUCUUCUAUUACGAGAUCCUCAACUCCCCCGACCAGGCCUGCCACCUGGCCAAGCUCGCCUUUGACGAUGCCAUUGCCGAGCUCGACACCCUGAGCGAGGAGAGCUACAAGGACUCCACUCUCAUCAUGCAGCUCCUCCGUGACAACCUCACCCUCUGGACUUCCUCCGAGGCCGAGCCUUCGGCCGAGGGCAGCGCCCCCGCCGAAAAGAAGGAAGAGGCUGCCCCCACUGAGGAGAAGCCUGCUGAGCAGUAA